GGAUUGUAGAUGGUGAUGAGUUGCCUGCUAUGCCUGAAGUAUAUAUGGCAAUACAAGUGGCAAAGAAGAACAUCAAAAAAAAUUUUGGAGACGAUGAAAGGAAAUGAAAGAAAAUCAUAGCAAUUGUUGAUCACUGUUGUGAGACUAUGAUGAAUGGAUCAAUAUAUUUAGCUGCCUUUUUCCUCAAUCCAAACAAAAUCUUUAAGGCAAUAGCAGAUAAUCCUGAUAAUGAGUUAGACUUAGCUCAAAAAGCAAGUGAUGCCUUCAAUGAUGUUCUUGUAAGGUUGGUGCCUGAUGAGACCUUGCAAGAUAAAAUCAAUGUCCAGGUUGACAAGUAUACCACUGUUCAAGAAAGUUUUGCAAAGGACAUGGCGAUUAGACAAAGGGACAAGUUGAAUCCUAUCUCUUGGUGGUCUCGACAUGGAAGUACUGCUUCUGAGCUUUCAAAGCUUGCAUUGCGCAUACUUGGUCUUUGUUGCUCAUCUUCUGGUUGUGAGCGCAAUUGGAGCACAUUUGAAUUUGUGAGUAUUGACUAUUGAGUUCUGAGUACAAUAGUACAUGU